AUCGUUCUCUUGUUAUUCGAAAGUCAAGAGUCAAGACCAGCUUUUUAACAACUCAACUCUGUUUCAAAAAGGUUACUUUUUUUUUGUUCACCGCUCUAAUAAUACUAAAAUAGUUAGAAAACAGCAAAUACCCACUCAUUAUUUCCCACCCAAAAUUACAAAGCCAACCUCCUCUUUGUUGGUCUUUCCCUUUUGAUAACAGAUCUGCAGCAGCACCAUUGAUGAUUAUAGAUCACCAUUCCAUUUAUUUUCUUCCACGUCCACACCUUUCCUAAUCUGCUUUCCAUUUCAUCGCAUAACAGACUAAAAAUUCUGUCUCCUCUUCGCUCUGUUUCGCUUUGUUCCAUUCGCAAAAUCCGAAACCUAUAAUCCCCGUGACUCUCACUUUCACUCUCUUCUCGUCUCGUGAAUCCCCUUUUAAUUCCAAAAGUUUUCAAAGUCCCAUGUUCCUAAUCACCACCAAUUUCUACUUUCCUUAUAAUUUCCAACCUCCCCAUCCCUUCCAUCUAUAAAUACCCCCCCAACCCCAAAGUCCAUGCCUACAUCUUCACCACCACCUCCUCCCUUAAACCUAUCACACAAAAAACCUUCCAAAAAACCGGCUUGGAAAUCCACUUUUUUCCUUCUAUCAAUCUCAAUGUCCUCUCUUCUUCUCCUUUCCCUUCUUUCCCUGACCCUUUUCUUCAACCUCUCUUCUUCCAGUCGCCACCACCAUCAAAACCCACCUUCAUCUCCUCGAAAUUUCCCUGUUUCCGCCUCAAACUCCUCUCAAAUCCGCCUUGCAUGCCAAUCCACUCGCUUCCCUCAACCCUGUGAAACUUCCCUAACACAAUCCUCCUCCCCUCUCCCUCCUAAUCCAACCUCCCUCCAAAUCAUCCACUCAGCCAUUUCCGUCUCUUCCCAGAACCUCAAAACCGGACAAUCCAUGGUAAAAUCCAUCCUUGACUCCUCCAAAGGCAACCUUAACCGUACAAACGCCGCCACCAUCUGCCUGGAGAUCCUUUCUUACUCAGAUUACCGCAUGAAAUCAGCCAACGACGCGUUAACAGGUGGCAAGAUCAAAGAUGCACGUGCAUGGAUGAGCGCGGCCCUUUGUUACCAAUACGAUUGUUGGAGCGCGCUCAAGUACGUGAACGACACCAAACUGGUCGACCAAACGAUGGCGUUUUUGGACACUCUAACGCAAUACAGCAGCAACGCGUUAAGCAUGAUGGGCGCUUACGAUAAUCAGGGGGAUGACAUAGCCUCGUGGACCCCUCCCAAAACGGAACGGGAAGGGUUUUACGAGAAGGGGUCGGGUGGGACGGACAUGGGGUUUAACGGGGGUUUUCCGUCAGACUUAAAGGUGGACGUAACGGUGUGUAAAGACGGGAGCGGAGGGUGUUACAAGACGGUGCAAGAGGCCGUUAAUGCUGCACCGGAUAACGCAGAAACGAAACGUCAUUUCGUGAUACACAUAAAGGAAGGGGUGUACGAGGAAACGGUAAGAGUGCCGUUUGAGAAGAAAAAUGUGGUGUUCUUGGGUGAUGGGAUGGGUAAAACGAUCAUCACGGGUUCUUUAAAUGUGGGGCAGCCUGGAAUCACCACUUACAAUACUGCUACAGUCGGAAUUCUUGGGGAUGGAUUUAUGGCCAGUGGCCUCACAAUCAAGAAUACAGCCGGCCCUGAUGCCCACCAAGCAGUAGCCUUCAGAUCCGACAGUGAUCUUUCUGUCAUUGAGAACUGUGAAUUCUUAGGCAAUCAAGAUACACUCUAUGUUCAUUCACUCCGCCAAUUCUACAAGAAGUGCCGUAUUCAGGGGAAUGUGGACUUCAUCUUUGGAAAUUCUGCUUCAGUGUUCCAAGAUUGUGAAAUUUUGGUUGCUCCCCGGCAGUUAAAGCCAGAAAAAGGUGAGAACAAUGCCAUCACAGCUCAUGGCAGAACAGAUCCUGCUCAAUUAACUGGUCUAGUUUUCCAGAACUGCUUGCUCAAUGGAACAGAUGAAUACAUGAGAUACUAUUAUAGCAAACCUAAAGUGCACAAGAAUUAUUUGGGAAGGCCAUGGAAGGAAUAUUCAAGGACAGUUUAUAUAAAUUGUGUCAUCGAAGCGCUUGUUUCUCCAAACGGUUGGAUGCCAUGGAGUGGUGACUUUGCAUUGAAAACACUUUUCUAUGGAGAAUUCAGGAGUUCUGGACCAGGAUCGAAUGUGUCGAAGAGAGUUCCAUGGAGUACACAAAUUCCAUCGCAGCAUGUAUAUACAUAUUCAGUCCAGAAUUUCAUUCAAGGAGAUCAGUGGAUUCCAACAUCAUCUUGAUACUUUUUUUCCCAUAAAUAUUAAUGAGAAUCAUCUUGAUUGUUAAGUCGAAAUUAUAAGAAUUCUAAGAUUAUAAAGCCAAUCAUCUGUUACAAAAUCUUGAUAGGUGGAUGAUACUGCAAUGUUAUAAAUCCUAAUAGCAGGCAAAGAAAAGGUUUGACUUUCCUUUUUACUUUUCCUUUGGUCCCUCGAUGGUUCACCUUGCAAAUAGAUAGCAUCCGUUGAUAAAGCAAUGCAAGCCAGAGAGGAGAGGCGGCCCUCUUAGACAAGAUUUCCAUGAUAGUGGUGUUGGUAGUGGUAAUUGGAGAAUGACAUAGUUUGACAAUGGCCAACUGUUUUUUCUUGACUUAUAGGCAAGGGCGUUAUGGUGACACGGAAAUCAAAGAAAGUCCAAGUUGCAUAUUGCAUUGUUUAAUUGUGUUAGGUUGGUCAUUGCUUUACGCCUUUACCUCACAUUUCCUAGCGUCAGCUGGCUUGCCUUAUGGGUUAAUUUGACGCAUAUCAUGUUACGAUACUCUCAAAAAUACCGUUUCAAUUCACG